UCCACAGCCGAAGCUAUCCUCUCCACAGUUCAUUCUCUAUUCUAGAAACUCUCCAAAUUCCCGUUAAACAUUUUCAACCUGCUUCCCCAAGAUUAUGCGUAACACAUAUUGAUCAAAAACCUCGCAGCUGGACGUGUUUUGCGAUGGAUAAAUAAACGACAUAAAAUCUUCAACGAAUUCUGUUAUAUCUGAGCUACACUUCUGGCAGCACUGGAGCUGUCAUACGCUAUUCCCCAUACACACCGUGGUAUGAACAACUACCUUCUAUACACACCGUGGUAUGAAUAGCUAGAUUCUAUAUACACUGCGAUCGCUUCCGCUACCGUUCUACGACACUUGAAGAAGAGAAGCCGAACUACAAGCACUACAGGACUACAAAUAUAUUUAGAUAGAGAUAAAACAGUUCGGUUGUACAAUUUACUUAAUUACGGUUCCGCCCCAUCUACAACAAUUUGGCGACGAGCAGUACGAAGCUACGUGAAUGUGCUAGGCGCAAUACAUAUACAAACAAGUUGCUGCAUCGUGAAUUUGGCUGUCUACUGCGUAAUUUUACAUCACAAUGGCGCUUCCUAACCCGGUUGUCGACGAUCCGGCAGUCGCCAGUCCCGCUUUGCCUGCUGUGAGUGGUGCUGCGGUACCAGUUACAUUUCAUUUCGAGCCAUUCAAUCCUGCUUCAUCGAAAUUUGACCGAUGGUUAAAUCGACUACAAAUUUCAUUCCGAAUUUACCACGUGCGUGAAGCCGAUAAACGCGAUUUUCUGCUACACUACAUGGGCGGCCCUACAUACGAUGUGCUGUGCAAUAAGCUGAAAAAUGCUGAGCCACAUACAAAAACGUACGACGAGAUUGUAGCUCUACUGAAGGAACAUUACAGUCCUACUCCUUUGGAAAUACUGGAGAAUUUCAAGUUCGCGAGCCGUAAACAGCUAGAGCAAAAAACUCUAAGCGAUUACCUGAUGCAUUUGGAGAAGCUCGCCCAAACAUGCAAUUUCGGGGACUACAUGGACAAGGCCCUCCGGAACCAGGUCGUUUUUGGCAUCCAGAACCGUGUGAUACAGUCUCGAUUGCUGGAAGUGCGCGACUUAACCUUGACAAAGGCAAAGGAGAUCGCAUUCGGAAUGGAAAUGUCUCAUCGUGGAACCGAUGAAAUGCACAACUCACGUAAAAAAAGUGAGGUUCAGCACAUCGAGCAUGGAGCAAAAAAAACUAAAAAAAGUUUCCAGUCAUCGAGCCAAGCCAGUUCCAGUCAAAGUUCCGGUCGCCUGUCGAACAAGCAGAAUGGUGGAAAUAAACGAUGUUAUCGUUGCGGGGAUCCUGACCACUACGCAGACAAAUGCAAACAUAAAGCUACGAUCUGCAAAUACUGCAAGAAAGCGGGGCAUCUUGAGAGGAUGUGUCUCACCAAGACCAACGAGAAGGGGACGGAUGACGCACAUCACCUGGAGGAGCAGCCGUGUGUUAUGAAGGAUGUGUUACACCUGAACGCGAUCCAAGGUAUUGCUGGGUCAGCGGACUUGCCGGUGGACCAAAGGUUGCGUCGUUCUCUGCGGACCAUCAAGCCUCCGCAACGGCUCAACCUAUAACAACGAAUUCUAUUUUGCGCGGAAGAGCUGUUAUAUCUGAGCUACACUUCUGGCAGCACUGGAGCUGUCAUACGCUAUUCCCCAUACACACCGUGGUAUGAACAACUACCUUCUAUACACACCGUGGUAUGAAUAGCUAGAUUCUAUAUACACUGCGAUCGCUUCCGCUACCGUUCUACGACACUUGAAGAAGAGAAGCCGACCUACAAGCACUACAGGACUACAAAUAUAUUUAGAUAGAGAUAAAACAGUUCGGUUGUACAAUUUACUUAAUAACGGUUCCGCCCCAUCUACAACAAAUUCUACAAUGGUAUCCAAUAUUACAAGGGAAAACGUUCAGAAGACAAGUAAGUAUUAUUUAAGGUGUGUGAGUGUGUGUGUGUGUGUGUGUGUGUGUGUGUGUGUGUGUGUGUAUGUGUGUGUGUGUGUGUGUGUGUGUGUGUGUGUGUGUGUGUGUGUGUGUGUGUGUGUGUGUGUGUGUGUGUGUGUGUGUGUGAUUGUGUGUGAAUGUUUUAAAUGAUGGUUGUGUGGUCAAUUCGUGCUAUGUGUGUUUUAAUGCAAAUAACAAACUAUUGUCCUCAUAUACUCUUCACUUACAAUUUACUUUCAGCCAAAUAUCCCAGCUUGGUCGAUCUUGAUGUUGUAUCGCAUCCUUGCUCCACUCGGACAAGUUCUACGGCAAUCUUUUAUUACGAUGGUUCGUUAAAGUUACUAUGCCAAUGAAGUUUGUAUAUCAAUAAUAAUAUUGGUUCUUUCACAGGUGCACGUAUUUCCUCGGAGCACAAUUACGUAGACAUUUUCUAAGUGUUAUUUGAUUUAAAACAAAAUGUUUUAUUACAGAAAACGAUAGAUUAACUUUGCCUGCUCCCUAUAAUCCGUUUAUCGGUCCGAAAACAUCUAAAGGUAUGUAAAAAUACAAUGAAAUCUUUCCAUGUACAUCAACAAGAAUUGGUAUGUUAUUUUUUUUUCAGAACUCAAUAUUAAUUCGACGUUUUUAACAAACGACUCAAUAUAACGUUCACCAUACAAAGUUUCAAAAUCUUUCACAAAUUUGUCUAGCAGUUGCCCAGCCACCUUCCACUUCGUCUUGUAAACAUUUGACGAAAGCAAUUUUACAGCACAAAAUAGCAACAUAAAAUGGUUAUACAACUCAUUAGGCACAUGUGGCUUCAAUACAACAAGUCCCGCGUAGUUUAAAAAAUAUCCAAACUCUACUCCUUUCCAAAAAUUCGCAUAUUUUAUGGAACGUAAUUUGCGAUGCAUUUCCGAAGGAAGAUUAAUCUUUAAUAAAGCAGCGGAUAUCUUUUGGCAUUGCUCUUGGGACCAUGCUCUCUUGCCUAGCUUUCCAUCACGAUCAUAGGAUGGCUAUAAUUAAUCGCUUCAUUAUCCCUAGAUGAAACAAGUGCAACAGAUCUGAAAUGGUUACAUGCUGCACUAUGUCAAAGUUAUUCAAUUGACAUAGGGGUGUUGUUGUUAUUUGAUGUCUUGGAUAUUCAUAUUUACGGAAUUUUUGUUCGUUUUCUUGCAUUUGAAUCAUUUGCAUAAACGAUGGUGUGUCCAGCCUCGCUAUGAUUCCCUUCAACGGUGCAUUUUAAACAGGCGUUAUAGCCGGUAUGCCCUUUUACACCUGCAAAAAUAUAGAAUGUUGUUCAUUAUCAGAUGUGUCUGUUUAUAAAACCCUAUAAACACUAAAUAAUUUUUAACAUGUUUUCAAUACCUUUAAUAAAAGCUCUGGCAGGAGUAUCUGCAACAAUAGCACGCAUUUUCACAACAACUUUCUUUCCGUGAAUGAUGAUACCAUUCGCCAUUAGAAGGCUUAGCUCAUCAACGGCUGGUCGAAGAAACUCUUCUAUAUUGUUUGGUUUCUGAAAUCCACAAAAAAAUGCGGCUGCCAUAACUGGAGCUUGUGGGAGUUCUUCGAUUUUGAACAAUAUCGGCCAAAAUUGCAUAUUACUGCUAUUAUGUAGAGGCAAUCCAUCAAUCGACAAUGUUAAAGUAAUACAAUUAGGAGGUACACUGGUGGACAUAAAAAUAGGAACUUUUUUCUGUGACCGAAAAACAUAGUUCUUGUCGGAAAUAUUUGGUAGCCCUGAAAAGGACUGUUUAAGUGGUUGUUGGGAGGUGGUGUUGCGGUGUUCCACAGAGCGGAAACAUAUUUUAACGGUCAAUGUGUUGACCGUUAUUCGAUAUCACUUCCUCACAGCGUAGAGCCAUAUCGCCGAUGAGGUUACGGCAUUCGCUUCUGUCUAUGCGUUUCCACAUAGCCUUGCAGUGUCUCCAUAGCGAAUCGGCAGAACGUGCAUGCUUGUUCUUAAGCUGACGCUUGAGAGUUGACCACAGAUUCUCAAUCGGGUUGAGGUCUGGACUCAACGCAGGCCACAGUAGAACUUGCACAUCCUCGUUUGCCAAAAAACAUUUAACUAAUCGCGAUGUAUGCUUUGAGUCGUUAUCGUGCUGAAAGAUGUAAUGCUCUUCGUCUCCGAAUUUUUGUCGGGCGUGUGGCAACAUCUUACGACGUAGUAUGUUUCUAUACCCUUCCGAGUUCAGUGUCCCUUUGAUACGGAACAAAGGACCCGGGCCGUGCCAGGAGAAGCAACCCCACACCAUUACGUAGCCGCCUCCGUGCUUUAGGGUUUUUAUAGUAUUUUUUGGAUGAUACGCCUGUUAAGGAAGGCGCCAGACGUAUUUAGUGCCGUCCGAACCAUCCAGAUUGAUUCUGGACUCAUCCGAAAAAAAUAUUUUGCUCCACCAAAAGAUGGAUGCAGCUAAAUGCUCUUCGGCAAACCGAAUGCGCGCUUCUACGUGGUGCGGCAUUAGCUUACGAACCUUUCGUGGUUUCCGGGCACAGAAUCCACCGGCGUGUAAACGGCGCGACACCGUUUUCGCCGAAACUUGCAAUCUAAGCUCCUGCGAUUGCAAGUUUUGAAAGGGUCCACCCUGAUUAUCUCAACCAUCUUCGCGUCAACGUCAGCCGU